GUGGGCGUGAACAGAGGACACAGGGAGAGGAAAACCUGUCCAACAGAACGAACACACAGACGCUUCAGACUCAUUUUCCUUCAGGUCUUUAUUUGAGUCAAAGUCAAUGGACUGAAAACAGAACAGAACCCACUGGACCAGAGGUCAGAGGUCGUAGCUGAACUGAAGGACAGACAUUAUGGACACAUCAGCCCCAGUUCAAACCAAACAACCAGAGAAGAACCAACAGCACAGUGGGGAGGAGGAUCCAACCCAGUGCUACCGUGCCGAUCUGGGUGAAGGAGGAGGAGGGGGAGGAGGAGGAGGAGGAGGAGGAGACGGGGAUGGUGGAUGUAACUGUCGGGGCUGUCUGUGUGGCUGUGUGGGCUGUCUGGGUGACUGUCAGGACUGUCUGGAAUGUCUGUGUGACUGUCUGCGCUGUCUGGGUGACUGUCUGAACUGAGGGUCCAGACCAGGUGGACCACUGCAGGUCCAUGGUCCGGUCUUUCAGUCCGUCUGAACCAGAUGAAAGCAGUUGGAGGUUUUUGACUCCACCCACAGGCUCCUGUGGGCAGACUUUAUCAAUCGAUAAGUGGUGAUUUUCCUGAACCUGAAAGUGUUGAUAAGAAGAAAAGUGAAUCUUGUUCCUGUAGAUGAUGAAUAAAGCAGGUCCCAUCCAGUAAAGACUGA